GAACACGUUAUUUAUAUCGACGCGGAGUAACCUAUAGUUGCACCAAAAUAUUGCAAGAUAAAUAACAUUUAGGAUUCUGUAGAGAUUGAUUCACAAGUUUACUCUGAACUCCUGAGUCAGCCUUUGCGCAUCUCAUCUGCUCAAGCGAGAGUCGCAGGUUUUGACGGUCUGCAGGCGUGGCAGUGGGCUGGUCCAUGCGCGACCAUGAAAAACACCAGGCUGCAUGGACUUGGCUCAUGAGGCCUUGGUAAUAGGGUGACAAAAGAAUCAUUUUCUUAAAAUAUCAUUUUGUGAGGGAGAGACCGGUUAUACAAACUCAAGACGUGGGUGUGACCUGCAUCCGCAGAGAAUAGCGUGCUAAGGAUGCACUAAGCCGUCUCCCUCUGCCCCACCCAUUGGUUCCAAGUCCCCGCGGAGACUCUGAGAAAGCGGUAGAGGAUGAGCAAGUCCCCCACACCCAAGGGCACUCCGGUGCAGCGUAGCCCCAGCGACGGGCUCCCCGACGGGCUCACCGAUGGACUCCCCGAGGGCCUCGUGUCCCCCGGACACUCCACCCCCGGCUCAGGGCCGCAGCAUAAGAAACGCAUCUCCAGCCUACUGCAGAGCCCGUCCUUCCGGGAGGAGCUGGACGUGCUGAUCCAGGAGCAUGUGAAGAAGGGAGGAAGCUCCUCAAACCUGUGGGCCCUGCGGCAGCUGGCCGACUUCAUGGCCUCGCACGGAUCCCCCGCCGCCCUCACCGCCUCGCCCUCAAACAUGAUGAUGGUGACGCCCAUCAACGACCUGCAGGGCUCCGAGACCAGCGGCCUGGUGAAGGGCGAGCGGCUGAUGCGCUGCAAGCUGGCCAGCGUCCACCGCCUCUAUGACCUCUUCGGCUGGGCCAGCCUCAACCAAAGCUGCCUUACCCUCCGUGUGAGCAAGGAGCAGGAGCACUUCCUGGUGAUGCCCGAGGGCCUGGCGUACUCUGAGGUCACUUCCUCCAGCCUGGUGAAGGUGAACAUUGUGGGGGAAGUGGUGGACGGCGGCAGCACCUCCCUGGGAGUGGACACGGACCGCUUCGGCCUGCACUCGGCCAUCUACUCGGCCCGGCCGGACGUCCGCUGCCUGCUGCACCUGCACACCCCGGCCACCGCCGCGGUGUCGGCCAUGAAGUGCGGCCUGCUGCCCCUCUCCCACGAGGCACUGCUGGUGGGCGACACUGCCUACUACGACUACAACGGCCUCAUGGAGGCCGAGGGUGACCGGGUGGAGCUGCAGAAGAGCCUAGGCCCCACCUGCAAGGUUCUGGUGUUGAGGAACCAUGGCAUUGUGGCGCUGGGAGAGUCUGUGGAAGAGGCCUUCUACACUAUCUACCACAUCCAGUCCGCCUGCCAGAUCCAGGUGUCGGCGCUGUGUAGCGCGGGCGGCGUCCAGAACCUGAUCCUGCUGGACCGGACCACCCAGAGACCCAACCCCACCGGCACCGUGGGCUGGGCCGGCUCCACCUUCGGACCCCUGACCAAGAGCCGGCUGGGGGAGCACGAGUUUGAAGCCCUCAUGAGGACCAUGGACAACCUGGGUUACCGCACCGGCUACGCCUACCGCUUCCCCGUGCAGUCGGAGCGCACGCGGACGCGCCGCGAGGUGGAGGUGCCCGCCUCGGCCAUCUCCUUCAGCCACCUGGAGGAGGAGGGCGGCCUGCACCACCUGGGGCUCCAGCGGCAGCAGCCCUACGCCCAGCGGCAGCAGCAGGAGCGCAGCCGCUGGCUCAACACCCCCAACACCUACCAGAAGGUCAACCAGGAGCAGGCCAGCCCGGGCCACCACCAGCGCUCCACCACCUGGCUGAAGGCAGAGGAAGUGACUCAGGCGGGCAGCACGUCCAUCAAGAUCGAGAGGAACCAGUUUGUGCCUCUGUUCACCAACCCCUCAGAGGUUCUGGAGACACGGAACAAGAUUCGUCAGCAGAACCGUCAGGACAUGAAGACAGCCGGGCCUCAGUCUCAGGUCUUGGCCAGCGUCACAGAAAACUGUCCCCCGUCUCCAGAGAGCCCGGUCAAACUUCCUCCGGAGCCAGAGCCCCCAAACCCCUUCAACCAGCUGACCGACAACGAGCUGGAGGAGUACCGCAAGGAGGUGCAGAGGAAGCAGGACGUCGACGGGGAGGAGGAGGAGGAGGAGGAGCAGGUGGGUGACAAGGAGUCCUCUCCUGCCACCUCCCCCACUAAGGCCUCCCCCACUAAGGCCUCCCCCACCAGGGUCCCCGUGCCCAACGACCUCCCCCUGCUCCAAGAAGACACAGAGACGGCGGUGGUGGCGCCGGCCGUGGUAGUGGAAAACGGCGGCGAGGAGGAGAAGCAGACGAUAGAGGAGCUGGAGAAGGGCAUGAAGGGCCUCUCCACCGACGAGACCACCACCACGGCCCCUUCCGCCGACCCCGCCGCCGUGCCGCCCCCCGCCGCCAAGCCACUAGGGGGCACCCCGGAGGGCUCGCCCUGCAAGAGCCCGUCCAAGAAGAAGAAGAAGUUCAAGGCGCCGUCGUUCCUGAAGAAGAGCAAGAAGCAGAAGGAGAAGGAGAAGGUGGAGGCCUGAGGCGACUUGCCUCCUCGCCGCACGACAGACCUCCACCCGGAUCAGAGGGUGGAGGUCUGUCGCGGCUUGCCUCCUCGCCGCACGACAGGCCUCCACCCGGAUCAGAGGGUGGAGGUCUGUCGCGGCUCGGCUCCUUGCCGCUCUACAGGCCUCCACCCGGAUCAGAGGGAGUCGGGAAAAGAGUUGUCCGCCGUGUGUCUUCAUCUGCCUGUGGUAGCCUAUCAAUGAAGGGGGGGGGGGGGGGGGGGGGGUCAUCAUUACAGAUAGUUCACACACCAUUGGCUCAGUUGUGCUGAAUCACUGGGGGGCGGGGGGGAUGUACAAAUAGUUCCACUACUUAACUGUGAUAGCCUUGACAUUUCUGCUACUCAUGUGGUGCUGCCUCCAUACACCCACCCAUACACACUCCCACCCCUGAUCGGUUUCCUCUUAGCCGGUUGAGAUGAACGAGGAUGAUUCUUUUAAAUGCCUCACCGAGUUUUAAUUUCGCUAUUUAUUUAUGUAUUUAUUAAUUUACUGUGGCACACACAGUAAACACCUUUAUCCCCGCUCACUAGCACAGCAGCAGAAAGAGUAAAGUCACUAAGGCCUAUAUUCCCUGCAGCCCCGGUAGGUGUGCGGUUGCACCUUUGCCGUGGUCCCCAGUCCCGACCCCUUUGGGUUCCUGUCCUCUCACAGGUCCUUGCUGCCUGCAGCUCAGCCUUCUUGUUUUCCCCUUUUUGUUUUUUAACCCCAAACCCUGUGACUAACCUUUUGCUUUCCUGCACCUCUGCAACACAUCCCCAAUGCAUCGGGCAUCCUCAUACAUGUAUAGACUAAAUGCACUUGACUUGACUUACGUGUGUAUAUAUUCACUCUGGUAUGUUGCAUUCACAUAUCACAAUAGGCGUCCCCUGGCCGUGAUAUUACCCUUAUGAGAUACGUGUUGAGUCGUGUCAUGUGCGCAUGGUGCAGUACAACUGGAAAUACACAGACACGGCUUCUCACCAGGGAGAUUUCUAGGUACAUGAGCCUACCCAAAGCUACAUACAGCAGGACAGACUAACACAGAUAAGCAACAAGCGCCCAUCAAAAGACCGGUCACUCACCAAGAUAACAACAGAGCCGUCCACGCAGUUUGACGUCUACUAAUGGACCGUACUUAACAUUCCACUUUGUCAUGUUUUUUUUUUUCCAAUAAACGUGUACAAAAUACCUCGCAAGAGCUGUAAUGAUUUUUCUUUUUUUAAUCACGUGGCCGUCUUUGAAGAUGCUGAUUUGCGAUGUUUGUUCCUGGAAUUAUUUACUCCAUAUUAAAAUGUACACGUGUGUGUUGCAACGUUAACAUUUACCAACCAUUAAAGAUCAAGUCAAAUUUCA